AUCUGAUCUGAUAUGAAUUCCACUGACAGAGUGAGACAAUGAGAAGAAAUUUUAUCUUGGCAAGGGAACCGAAAGAACCAUCACUCAACACCAUUGUGACAAUGACUUAAUUAUGAUUCCCUGAAAUGUUAAAACCUGUUUUCUGACGGGACAUCAUACCUGCAUAUAAACCUCCUGUCACAGCUGUGUCUCAUAUGAGAGACACACAGGCUAGAAGACGGUUAACACAGGUUUGGUCCACACAACGAGGAUGACAAGCCUUGUUUUCCUUGCUGUGAAUUUGGCGGUCUUGUCAGCUUUCUUCAUAAAGCCAAAUGGAACAGCAAUAGUGAAUAUUGGUGAGGAAAAGGACAUAACGGAGGCAAACAAUGGAUCAUUAACUGAUGACAUUCUGGAGCCACCAAACAUACAAAGGAGUGCCAUUGUUGAUGCCAACAAUCUAUGGACAUCCCCAGUACCAUAUGUUUUGGAAAAAAGCCUUGAGAUGAAUGCUAAAGGAGUCAUCCUGAGAGCUUUCGAGCAAUUCAGGCUGAAGUCAUGCAUUGACUUCAAACAAAGGGACUCUGAGGAAUAUUACAUUUCUGUCCAAAAGUUAGAUGGAUGUUUUUCAUAUGUUGGGAAAUCACAACCCAACGGACAGCAACUCUCCAUCGGGAGGUUCUGUGAUGGGAUUUCCACUGUUGAACAUGAGUUCCUCCAUGCUCUUGGCUUCUUCCAUGAACAGUCCAGAUAUGACAGAGAUAAUUAUGUGACCGUCAUAUUUGAGAACAUCCAAGAAGGUAGGGAGUCUAACUUUGCAAAAGUUAGCAGCGAAGACAGCACCACCAACGGAGUCGCAUAUGACUUCUGGUCAGUUAUGCACUACAGCAAAAAUGCAUUCAGCAAUGGCAUAGGGCUGACACUGAUCACCAAAGAUCCAGAAUUCCAGGAUAUUAUUGGUCAGAGACUGGAAGUGAGCCCCAGUGACAUUCUGGAACUGAACCUCCUCUACAAAUGCAACUCGACUAUCACAUUUAAGAUGUACUGCGGCUUUUCUGAUGGGUCCAUGUGUCAAAUGAAUCGCUGUUCAGACGGAGGCCCUGGCUGGGAAAUGGUAACACAAGUUAACGGGACUCCCAGCUCUGACCACACCACACUGCCCGGUGGUAAUAGUAGUUAUCAUGGUGAACAACCAGGUUACUUCAUGCAUGCUAGUACAGCAUCAGGUCAAGAGGGAGACUUGGCCUGGCUGGAGACCAAGGUGAUGAGUGUCACUCAGGAGUGUCAUGUCCAGUGUCUCCAGUUCUACUAUUACCAUAGUGGGAGUCCAUCGGACCAGCUCAACAUCUGGAUCAGAGAGUUUCAAGAUGACUUGGACGAUACAGGAACCCGCCGCCUGGUUGACCAGAUCACUGGUCGACAAACGUCUUACUGGCAGCUGCAGCAUGUCUCCCUGAAUGCCACCACACACUUCCAGGUGGAGUUUGAGGUUCGUAAAGGAGCUGGAAACUCUUCAGGCGGCUUCUCAAUUGAUGACAUCAAUCUGUCCGAGACCGAAUGUCCACAUGUGACCAUACAGGUCGAUGAGUUAGAGAACCUUUUGAAUGCUAGUGAUUUUGGAACCACUAUAUCCAGUUCACGGCAGUACUCCACAGGGGGCUAUUCUUACUUGGUUGGGAUUCUGCUCUACAAGACACAAAUUGGAGCCUAUGUGCAACUCUUGUCUGGUAAAUAUGAUGACCAGCUGGAGUGGCCAUGCCCACAAAGGCAGGUCACAUUCCAAAUGUUGGACCAGAACCCCAACAUCCAGCAGCAAAUGUCCAAGCAAAGGAGUAUCACCAGUGACCUAAGCGUAUCCAGCACUGGUUCCUAUUUAUGGGAUGAUCCUCGUAAGGUUGGAACUCCAUUUACAGAUGAGAAUAAUGAGACCAGCUAUGCCGGGCCUCAGCUUGGCAGAGCCAUUUUUGCAUCUCUAGAUGAACUGAAAUCCAGAGAGUUCCUCAAGGGAGGCAGUGCCGUUUUCGUCUUCAGUUUUCAAGAUCUCACUCCUCUGGUCAAUGGAAGUGUUCUACCAUGUCCUAAAGUCCGCCCAGCGAAGAUGGUGAAUCCUCCAGCCCAUAUGGAUAGAGCCCCCUGCUCACCACGGAUCUUACCCACCACCCCCAUUCCAACUGUAACGGACAGCAGCAAUUUUGUCUUCUCACCUGCUUCGUUGGCUUCUUCUCUCCUCACCCUCCUGCUGGCACUGAUGCUUUUGUUACCUUGAAUGUGUCAUGUCACACACACAUCUCACCUCUGAAUAUGGACCGGGCCAGCAAAUUUGCCGCUGGCUGAGUAACUAAGUUUUAUAUUUUUUACUCAUUUGUUUUCUGGUUUCACUGCUUAUAUGAACUAAUAAAAAGGGAACGGUGGUAUAACUACUGGAGGAUACCGUAUAGCAGGGUAUUUUCGGCGACACAACCUAAAGCAGAAUAAGAAAUUGACAUAUGCCUGUCAUACUAUGCUUAUACUUUUCUUAUUGUGACAGUAUAUAUCUGUAUAAUUGUGAUUUAAUCAAUUUCUAGUCUAAAAUUGCACAUUUUUUUGUUUGAUCUUUUAUAGUACUGUCAUCCUUUGAAGAAAUGCUUUCUAACUGGUUUUCAAAAAGGAAAGGUUGAUGUGAGCCCUUAAUUUCAUGUAUUGAGAAUGUUUAUAUACUGUAGGCUAAAAGCAGGACAUGGAAUUUUAUAGCCAACCCAGUAUGGCAGUUCUUGAUUCACAGGAAAAGCAUAAUUGAAAAUGAAAGAAAAACGAUAUGGUUUUGUUUCUGGUCAUCAGAUGUUGCUCUUAAGUAUAUUGAUUUUAUUGUGAUUUAUUGAUUUUAGGUCUUUUCAAAAAGUGUUGGUCUGAUUUCAGGGUUCAGGGUUGUAGUAUGGAAUUUUUUUUAAGCUUUUAAAAUAAAUUCUUUUCAAAGCAAGACUUGUUUUUAGUAUUUAUGGAGACUACAGUCAUUAAUUAACAAGCUAAUAGCUAAAUCAUUCCAUUGAACGAGAUAC